UGAAUUCUGCUAGACACGCAAUUGUGGGGAUUAGGUUAGCGAUGUCGAAACGAGUAAUAUUUCUUUCCGAGUUAGGAAACGCUUUCUUAUCUCAAGCGGGGGCAGAUCGAUGGCGAAAUCGGUCUUUCGAUAGUUUUGUUUCUUUUCGUCUUGUUUAUAAGUUUAUAAGCAAGCCCAUGAGCAAAGGCUCGAAUGUUUUGUUUUGUCCGUACGCUCGUGUUGCCCCUGAUUUAGUAUGUUAUACGCAAAAUCACUUGGCUUAACUUCAUGCAUUUCUCAGCCGUCGCACAGCUCGGCCUCCUGGCUCAGAAUCCGUUAUCUAACCGUAGCCCAGUUUCUUCAACACCUACGGUUAAUCUAAGCGGUUAUGGCUUAUUCUCUGGAGUGAAGGUCAACGAGGCGCUGUCCGGGAGUCCCCUUCCAGCUUCUGUGGACGCAUGGCUUGGCAUUGAUUAUGCGCUUCAGCCGGUCGGUCAACGACGCUUUCGGCCAGUGGAGCAGCGCCCGUCGGCCUUUGAUGGAGUCAGGUCAGCAGCAAAUUACGGGAAUGUCUGCGUACAAGACGCUGAUUUUACCAAAGGCCAGGUCCAAGACGAGGCAUGUCUUAACUUCAACGUCUAUCGGACCUCAGGCGUGCCGAUAACGGAGAAACUCCCUACGUUAGUUUGGAUUCAUGGGGGCGGCUUUGUUUAUGGUUCAGGUAGGAGUAUGGACGGGGCGUCUUUCGCCGCCUCAUCCAAACUACCUAUUGCAGUUGUUACAUUCAACUAUCGGCUCAACUCGUUAGGGUUCCUCCCUAGUAAGCUCUUCGAAGAGGAGGGCCUUCUCAAUCUUGGGCUACGCGAUCAACAUUUCCUGCUUGAGUUUCUCCAGGACCACCUAGAGUCGUUCGGAGCAGAUCCGAAGCAGAUUACUCUCGGAGGCCGAUCUGCCGGUGGGCACUCUACCAGCAUCCAUUACUUUCACAAUUAUGGGGAGGAUGAAGGUAAACCACUAUUUGCACGGGCGAUCUUUCAGUCCGGCUCAGUAACGGCACGCGGAUUUCCGGAUUCGGAUUUUCCCCAAUACAAGAAGGACUUCGAACGGUAUAUGCAGUAUCUCGGCUGUUCAACUGGAGGAACCCAGGAGGGUAAUACACUAGCCCUAGAUUGCCUUCGGCAAGCACCGAUACAUGACAUUCAGAAUAUUAGUACAGCGAUGUAUAGUGAAGAAGAGAAAACUCUGAGCUGGCCUUUUCAACCGACCUUAGGAGGGCCUUUGUUAGAAAGACCAGGAUCACAGUCCGGUGCUGAGGGAACCUUCUACCAUCUCCCGGUGAUUACCUCCUAUGUCACCGACGAAGGGAAGUUUUAUACUCCGGCAAUCCAUCAUACUAACGAUGAGUUCCUGUCCUUCAUCUAUGCUAUGAGUCCCUAUUUAAACUAUACCGACAUCGCCUUGUUGAAUGAGCUCUACCCGGACCCAAUACAGCACCCCGAUUCCCCCUGGGCGAACUCGCCCAACAGCACCCAGUAUAAUCGACUCUCUGCUGCUUGGUCAGAUAUGGCCUAUAUCUGUCCAAGCCGGGAAACGGCCUUCCGCAUAUCAACUGCUGGCGUCCCCACGUGGAGACUCCACUUCAACACGCCAAACUACCCAUUGGAGUACCAAGCAUGGCGUGGAAUCCCACAUACAUCCGAUACGGCUUACACAUUCGAUUCGCCAGGAGUAGCCUUUCCGGAAACCGCUCAUAUAUACCACGCUUACUUGGCUAGUUUUGUAGCUACGGGCAACCCAAAUAGUGCCCGGCUGGAGGGAACCCCAGAGUGGCCACAAUACCAAGCAUCAGAGACUUGUGGGACGGCUCGGCCCAAACAACUUCUUGUUAACCCCGGUACUUACACUACUGUAGAAGAAGACUCUGUUAGGAUUUCCCAGUGCGAGUUUUGGAACGAUCUUGAUCGGGCGAAACGGCUGAAUAAAUAAGCCGUACCUAGGCAGUUAGCUGGAUAGUAGUGAUAGUCUUCUCAACAGCUCUCUGGGGACUCGAAAGCAUACAGAUCCGUACCCUCAAUAGGGUUAUUGGAUUGACCUCUUAGAAAAUGGAAGUUAUUAAUAUUAUCGCAUAACAUGCAACUAAUAUCUAAAGUCUAUAAGUCCUACUUUAUA